AUGCUGUCUGAGAAAUGGAUUUCAGUUGUUCUGCUGCUGCAGCUCUACUGCACUGGCUCUGGAUCCUGUGGGAAGGUCCUGGUAUGGCCCUGUGACAUGAGCCAUUGGCUCAAUCUAAAGAUCAUUCUGGAGACUCUCACAGACAGGGGACAUGAGGUGACUGUGUUGGUUUCUCCAGAUUCUCUCAUCAUUGACUACAGUAAGCCUUCCACCCUGAACUUCGAGGUGAUCCCUAUACCUCAGCAGGGAGAUUUUACUACAAAUAAACUAAAUGACUUCUUAGACUUAGCUACUAACGUCAUGCCAAAAUUGUCACGCUGGCAGUCAGCAAGAAAACUGCAAGAAUUUCUUCUUCAAGUAACUGGACAUUUAAAAUUUCUGUGUGAGAGUGUAGUCUACAACCAGUCAAUCAUGAAGAAACUCCGGGAAACCAACUACGAUGUAAUGGUUAUAGACCCUGUGAUGCCCUGUGGAGAGCUGAUUGCUGAGUUGCUGGAAGUCCCUUUUGUGUACACGCUGAGGUUCUUUAUGGGUGGCACUGUGGAGAAAUACUGUGGGAAACUUCCAGCUCCACCUUCCUAUGUCCCUGUUGUCAUGGGAGGACUUACAGACAGAAUGACCUUCCUGGAAAGAAUAAAAAAUGUAAUGUUUUCCCUUUUCUUUGACUUCUGGCUCGAGCCAUAUGACACGCAGCUUUGGAACCAGUUUUACAGUGAAGCAUUAGGAAGACCCACUACCUUAUGUGAAACUAUGGGGAAAGCAGAAAUUUGGCUAAUGAGGACAUAUUGGGAUUUUGAAUUUCCUCGUCCGUACUUACCUAAUUUUGAAUUUGUAGGAGGAUUGCAUUGUAAACCUGCCAAACCAUUACCUAAGGAAAUUGAAGAAUUUGUCCAAAGUUCAGGUGAACAUGGUGUUGUAGUGUUCUCUCUGGGGUCAAUGGUCAAAAACCUCACGGAAGAAAAAGCCAAUCUCAUUGCCUCAGCCCUUGCUCAGAUUCCACAGAAGGUUUUAUGGAGAUACAAAGGAAAGAAGCCAGCCACAUUAGCAGCCAAUACUCGGCUCUAUGACUGGAUACCCCAGAAUGAUCUUCUUGGUCAUCCCAAAGCAAAAGCUUUUAUCACUCAUGGUGGAACAAAUGGGAUCUACGAAGGUAUUUAUCAUGGGGUCCCUAUGGUGGGAGUUCCCAUGUUUGCUGAUCAGCAUGAUAACAUUGCUCACAUGAAAGCCAAAGGAGCCGCUGUGGAGGUGAACAUAGACACAAUGACAAGUGCUGAUUUGCGUGAUGCCUUGAAAACAGUCAUUUAUGAACCUUCUUAUAAAGAGAAUGCUAUGAGGUUAUCAAGAAUUCACCACGAUCAACCUGUAAAACCCUUGGAUCGAGCAGUCUUCUGGAUCGAGUUUGUCAUGCGCCACAAAGGAGCCAAACACCUGCGGCCAGCUGCUCACAACCUCACCUGGUUCCAGUACCACUCUUUGGAUGUGAUUGGGUUCCUGCUGGCCUGUGUGGCAACUGCUAUAUUUUUGGUCACAAAAUGUUGUUUAUUUUCUUGUCGAAAAUUUGGUAGAACAGGAAAGAAGAAAAAGAGGGAAUAA